AUGGAGGCUUCUUUGGAUGCCAAGAUACGUCGUGGGGAACAUGUCAAAGCUGCUGAGGAGUAUACAAGGAAAUAUUGGAGAGAUACCACUGCUGAUGAGAUGAGAGCCUUUCUAGCCAUAUUGAUAGUCAUGGGAAACAACAAAAGGCCCAGUUACAAAUCAUAUUGGACCACUGAUUCCAUAAUACAAAUGGAGGGAUUCCGAACCAUCAUGUCAAGAGACCGCUUCUUGAAUCUACUUCGUUUCUUGCAUGUUUCAAACAAUGAAACAGCAGUACCAAGGGGGCAGCCAGGGUAUGAUCGUUGCCAAAAGAUUCGACCAGUUAUUGACAUAUGUGUUUCACAAUGGCAGGACGCCUUCAAUAUUGAGAAGCAGGUUGCGAUUGACGAAGGAAUGAUCGGGUUCAAAGGCCAUGUGUUCAUGAGGCAGUACAUGCCAAAAAAACCGACCAAGUGGGGAUUGAAAGCAUGGAUUUUGGCAUCUUCCCAAACAGGAUUCGUAUCAAACUGGAAGCUCUACACCGGGAAAGAGGGGGACAGAGCUGAAGAGCGCCUUGGUCAAAAGGUAGUUACUGAUUUGAUGGAAAUUUCACCUCAGGGACAUGAAUGCUAUUGUGAUAAUUUCUUCACCUGCUAUGAGCUGCUGCAAGAUCUAGAACGAAGAGGUAUUGGCUGCUGUGGUACCGUGAAAUCCAAUAGAAAGUCAAAUCCUCCAGAGAUCAAGACAUUUAUUGCAAAGAGAGGAGCUGCAGUACUCAAGGCAUUGUCUCCAAUUUUCAAGAGAUGUGGAAAUACGUUGGCUGUAGGAUGGUUUGACGGCCUGUGA